GGGCCGAUCAGCAAGGCUGAAGCUACUGCGCCUUCCCAGCUUGCCCCGCCAGCAGCAGCUGCCCCACAGGCCUCAGCAGCACCAGUGCCAGAAGAAAUUGCACUUGCCGGGCCCCCUGCGGCGCCACCACAGCAGAGCGUAAUGGCCAAUGCAGCUGCAGCAACGGCAGAGAGUGGCAGGGCGUCUGCCAGCAUCACCCCAGUCCAGGACCCAACGGACAGGCAUGUUCCGGUGGAGGUUGCGGCCGCAGCCAUACCCCACCAGGCGGCAGCUCUUUCAAGAGCUUCCAUCUCUCUUGCUCCAGAGGACUCCCAAAAGAGAGGGGCAAGCAGCAACUCCACUGCCGGGGGUGUCGCUGAGCAGAUUCCAACCGGGAUGAGCGAUCAGACACGACCUGCACAAGACCUGUCCAUGGAGGAUACCAGCUUUGCAGAGCAGGAGGGA